CUGAAGCAGCAAAAGAAAACGCCGGUUUGAGCUCCUAGCUUCCUCCACCUUCUCUUUUCCGCGCACGUCAAAUCGUCACUUGUUGAUCGCCUUUCUGCGUACUACCACGGACGGACGGAGAGUCGAUCUAUUUCCUCGUUUCACGAGCGCAUCCAAGUUUUGCAGCGAUGUCGGCUGGAGGCGACGCAUCAUCGGUACCUACUUUGAACCACUCGGCCAUGGAGCCUGGAUUCAUGCAACAGCCUUUAGAGCAGUGUGAUGAAGAGCUUCAUCAACUCGUCCUGAAGGAGAAGCAGCGGCAGCUGCGCGGUCUCGAGAUGAUCGCCUCCGAGAACUUCACCAGUCUCGCGGUCACCCAGUGCCUCGGCACCUGCCUCACCAACAAGUACUCGGAGGGAUACCCUGGCCAGAGGUAUUACGGUGGCAACGAGUUCAUCGACGAGAUUGAAAUCCUCUGCCAGAAGCGAGCCCUGCAAACGUACCGCCUGGACCCCGAGCUCUGGGGCGUCAACGUCCAGCCCUACUCGGGGUCCCCGGCCAACUUCGCCGUCUACACGGGCGUCGUCGAGCCGCACGGACGCAUCAUGGGCCUGGACCUGCCCGAUGGUGGCCACCUCACCCACGGCUUCUUCACCGACAAGAAGAAGAUCUCGGCGACAUCCAUCUUCUUCGAGUCGAUGCCCUACAAGGUGAACCCACAGACGGGGCUCAUCGACUAUGACAAGCUGCAGCAGACGGCCGCGCUGUUCAAGCCCAAGCUCAUCAUUGCUGGCGUGAGCUGUUACCCUCGCCACCUGGACUACAAGCGUUUCCGCGAGAUCGCCAACGAGAACAACUCGCUGCUGAUGGCCGACAUGGCUCACGUCAGUGGCCUGGUGGCCGCGCAGGUGGCGCCCAACCCUUUCGAAUACUGCGACAUCGUCACGACCACCACACACAAGACGCUGCGGGGACCCCGGGCGGGUCUCAUCUUCUACCGCAAAGGUGUCCAGUCUGUAACGAAGACGGGUGCUAAGAUCAUGUAUGACCUGGAGGAAAAGAUCAAGCAGGCUGUCUUCCCGGGCCUCCAGGGUGGACCACACAACAACGUCAUCGCAGGCAUUGCGGCUGCACUCAAGCAGGCCAGCACACCCGAGUUCAAAGCCUACCAGGAGCAAGUUGUCAAGAACGCUAGGACCCUCGCCAAAGAACUGCAGGACCGCGGCUACACCUGCGUCUCAGGAGGCACAGACAACCACUUGGUCUGGGUUGACCUACGACCCACGGGCCUUAACGGGUCCCGCGCGGAGCGUGUGCUCGAGCUCAUGUCCAUCGCUUGCAACAAGAACACGGUGCCCGGUGACAAGAGCGCGUUAAACCCCGGCGGCAUCCGGCUGGGCACUCCCGCUCUCACCACACGUGGCCUCAAGGAGCAGGACAUCGUUAAGGUGGCUGAGUUCAUCCACAGAGGGUUGACUUUCGCCCUGGAGGUCAAGGCCAACUCUGGCCCGACCCUGAAGGAGUUCAAGGCUAAGCUCGAGACAGAUCCCGGCUACGUGGAGCGGUUAAAUCAGCUCCGCGAGGAGGUGGAAGCCUUCGCACUCACUUUCUUCAUGCCCGGCUACCAGAACGUCUGAACGGAGACAAAAACGUUCGUCAAGCGUCGCACACUUGUUCCAACGUUACCCGUCCGUGUUCUUUUU